UUUGACACUGUCAAUUUUCUUAAAAUACCAUGUGCGUUAAGACUAAACUGUUUUAUUCUAGUUAAUCCUAUAAAUAAAAUAUCAUGGAUUACGUUAUAGGUAGUGUCGCGGCUUUAGUAAAUGGUAACGUUACUCCUAACCGGCCGAAAUUUCUAAAACGUGCAUUAACGCCGACGAAACAUCAACCCUCUCCAAAUGUUACCCCUAAGAGUGAGCUGGUGGAUGACCGGUCAAUUUUCCUUUCACCCACAUUACAAAAGAAGAAGGCAGUUGUAAAAAAGUCACCUAAAAGAAUAUUUGAAAACCCUGACCUAGAUGUUACUAACGAUGAUGAGGGUUCGAAAUCUAAAAGUCCGAAAGCCGAAAAAGUUAAAAAACAUCUUAAAGAGGACUUAGACGCAGACGUAAGUCCAAAAUCGCUUAAAAACAAAAGCCCAAAUAUUAAAGACGUACAAGAAGAUGAAAAUAUGGAUAUCUCUGGCAGUCCGCAACUGCAGAACGAAAGUACUCCGAAAAAGAAGAAAAAGAAACAAAGCCUUAUAUCAGACUCAAUUGAUAAUAUAACUACUUCAAAUGACAAUAACAUUGCAAUGAAUAAAUCAGUCUCGCCUAAAAAAAGUAAGAAAGGCAAAAAGACUCUCAUUAAAACAAAUGUGGACAAAGAGAAUGAUAUAAGCCAGACUGAUAACAAUGAUAAAAAAGAUAUAUCAGAUACAGAGGAAAAUUCAACAAAAGAAAACAUUGAGCAAAAAGUAAAAACUCCAAAAAGAGACAAAAAGAAAAACAAAAAACAAAUAAAGAAAUCAAACAACAAAACAGAAACUGAAAUUUCCAUUACAGAAAUUACACAAACAGAAUCAAAUACAAAGUCUUCAAAGAAAAAGAAUAAAACAAAAGUUAAUCCAAACGCUGUAACAAAUAAAGACAGUGAUUCAGAACAUGAGUCUGAUGACGAAAUAGAUUCAGAAGAUGAACAGAAUAAAGAAGUACUCAACACUGGUCCGACAGAAGAAAGCUCAGAAGACGAAGAACCAGAGAAGAAAGAAAAAGUAGAAAAGAAAGAAGUUGUAAACACAGAGGAAGAAGUUAAAAGAACACUUUUCGUAGGAAAUGUGCCUUUCAGUCCGAAAUGCAAGAAGGAAAUUAAAAAGAUCUUUAGUAAAUAUGGACUGAUUGAAACCGUUAGAAUCCGCACCAUACCAGUGAAAGAUGGCCGAGCAACUCCUAAGCUGGCCGUAAUUAAGAAUGAACUUCAUCCUGAUCGUUCUACUGUCAAUGUGUAUGUGAAAUACAGAGAUGCAUCUUCUGUGAAUGAGGCUUUAGCAGAGAAUGGUACAGUACUGAAUGACCAUCAUUUAAGAGUAACUCGCAGUGACUCUACAGGAUCAGAACAUGACCCAAAAUUCUCUAUCUUCAUUGGCAACCUGCCGUUUGCUUUAGAAGAUGAGGCCUUACAGCAGAAGUUCCAGCAAUGUGGUGAUAUUGAAUCUGUCAGAAUAAUAAGAGACAAAAAGACAAGUGCGGGGAAAGGUUUCGGUUAUGUAAACUUCAAAUCUAAAGACGCUGUAGAACUUGCGCUAGCGUUAUCCGAAGAAGAACUAACAAUUAAAAACAGAAUACUCCGAGUAAAGAGAUGUACACAAACAAAUAGUAAACAAAAAACACACCAAGAAUAUCACCAGGGAAGUUUUCGUGGAGGUCGUGGCAGGGGCAACACACGAGGUGGAUUUAGCAGGGGAAAUACACGAGGUGGUUUCGACAGGGGUAAUACGCAAGGUGGUUUUGGCAGGGGAAAUGAUCAAGGCGGUUUUGGCAGAGGAAAUUCACGAGGUUUUAGCAGGGGUAGUGCUAGAGGUGGUUUCGGCAGGGGGAAUACGCGAGGUGGUUUCGGCAGGGGAAGUGUGCAGGGUAGAGAACAGUUUGGGAACAGAGAUGACAGACAAGUGGGAAGGCCUACGUAUAAUGACAGUAAAGCCGAUGGUGCAAUGAGAAGGUUAAUGCAGAAGAGACCUAAUCAGGAUAUCGGCGAGGGUCCUCCAAACAAGACGCAGAGAAUCAAUCAGCCAGGGAAAAAACAGCGCAAAGAAUUUGUUGGAAUGACAGCGGAAAAGAAAAAGAAAAACAAAUUUGACAAAGGACAAAAGAAGAAGAAAGCGCUAAGUGAGAUAUUAACUAAAUAAUAUAACAUGAAAU